AUGACAGAUCCCACCACCGACAGCUCCGCUUCUCUUAAAAGUUCCGCGUCCGCAUCUUUCUUCCCCCGCUCGCUCCGCCGACUGACCGCGCUGGGUCUCGUGCAGUGGUGGCUGCGCCGACAUUCCCGCGUACCGGACGCCUCCGCGUACCGUCAGCCGCGCAUGCCCUACGGGCGCACUCUCGGCCUUCCCCCGCCCCGCGCGCACCUAAUGUCGGCGCAACCCGCGUUCAACCCCGUGUCGCGGUACCUGUCGCUGGGGCUGUCGUUUUCGCCUGAUACGGGCAAGCCCGUGUGGGAGUUCCCCCCGGUCGCGUCUUUCGUGGCGAAAUUCGGUCCUGUCGGCGACCAAGGCCAAUGCAGCGCGUGCUGGGCGUUCGCCGCAGCGGGCGCCGUGGAAGGCGCGUACUACGCGCUGUCGUCGCAACUGCCGCCGAACUCGUCGCUGUCGUCGCAGCAGCUGGUGGACUGCGCCGUGGGGUCGUGCCUGGGCGGGUACCCCGAGGACGCACUGCAGUACGCGACGGCGAACGCCGUGGCCUAUGCGACGUCGUACGCGUACCGUGCGACGAAGGCGACGUGCAAUGCGACGGGCGUGCAGCAGCACGUGGGGACGCAGGUCCCCAUUACGAAUGUGCCGCUCAACACGAGCACGGUGCCAUCAGCGCUGCGCAUCCAGCUGUACGAGCAGGUGCCGCUGCCCGGCGCGCUGGGGCUCAUUCUCGCCGUGCAGAAGCAGCCCGUUAUAGUCACGCUGCACGGCUCGCACCCCUCGUUCGCCACAUACACGGGCGGGCUGUAUGCGGACGAGACGUGCUUCGACCCUGCAAGGCCCGUGCUGGACCACGCGGUGCUGGUGGUGGGGUACCGCUUCACGGCGCCAGGCGCGAGCGACAACCAUUUCGUGCUGCGCAACAGCUGGGGGCCUGGGUGGGGCGAGGACGGGUACAUGCGCGUGGCCGUCAGCAGCGCGCAGUACGGAGGCAUCUGCGGCAUGACGUACAACCUGGGGGUCUACCCCGUGCUGGACCCCCAGAAGCAGGCUAACCCGUGCACAUCAUGCGGAGGGGGCGCUUGUAGAACCACUCGCAUCCUCGCCCAUGGCACAUCCACCCCCAUCCCCACCACCACCACCACAUACUCCUCUUCCUCCUCCUCUUACCCCCCCUCCUCUGUCCCCUCUCGCCGUCUCCGUCGUUCCAACCUGGAGAUUGCUCGCUCGCGGUUGCAGCGGGUGGCGCGAGAGGGGCCGGGGGACAGCAGGCGGCAGCUGGUUUCCAGCGACAGCAAUCCUGGUAGAGGCCAGCAGCACCACCAGCAGCACCACCAGCAGCACCUGCAGCAGCAGCAGCAGCAGCGGCGGCAGAAGCAGCAGUGGCACAAGGGAGCGAGCAAGAAAGGCACGACACGAGCAAGCCCGAAGAAAGCAGGCAAUGAGGCUGUCGUGACAGGCAGUAGUAGUGGUGGGUCCAGCAGCAGUGCAGCCGUGAUAGAGAGCAGCAUCAAAUCGGCCGCGUUGGGGAUGGACAGCAGCAGCAGCAGCAGCAGCAGCAGCAGCAGGUCGUUGAUGGCUGCAGCUCGUGCUAUCUUCGCUGCUGUGAAGAGCAGCAAGGCGUUUGAGAAGAUGAGAGGGGCAGCUGCUACUGCUGCUGCACGCUCCAAGGCACCUGCUGCUGCCACCACUAAAGGCACUAAGAAGAACUCUGCUCUUGUAAAGCCGGGCUCUUCUCUGCUGCCCUCUGCCCCUUCAUGGCCUUCUUCCUCCUCCUCCGCUACCUCCGCCUCCUCCUCCUCUGUCUCCUCCUCCACCUCUUCAUCCUCGCUCUCCUCCAACCAGCAACCUCCCGGUCCUCUCCUAAAGCUCGUGAACCCAUACGCGACAUACUAUAUCGCGCCAACUCCCCCGCCUCCAUCCCCGCCUCCCUCGAUCAGCACCCCGCCUGACAGCAUGGCGUGCCCGCCCUCCCCCCCUCCCCCGCCGUCGUACGGAGGGUACAAUUGCUUCUGUGGGCCGGGUCUCAGCCUGGCUAUUAGCAAGGAUGGCAGUCAGGCUUGCGUUAUGGAGGACGCAUGUGCAGCGUUCACGAGCAACCCGUGUGGGGGUGGUGCGUGUGUGAACGACGGUGAGGGAGGGUACACGUGUGUGUGUCCGCCCAACUACAUGCGCAGCACCCUCAGCUCCGGCGCCCCCACCUGCGUGCCUCGCAUGGCGGGCAAGAGCAGCACGUACCAGGUGGUGGGCGGCGAGACAUGCUAUGACAUCUACGUCUUCUUCGGCCUCUCCCAGGACAGCUUCCUGCAGCAGAACGCCGGCAUAGACUGUGACAACCUGCAGGAGGGCAUGGUGCUGUCUGUGCGCCCAGACGACGACGCCCAGCAGAGCUGCCGCACCAGAUACCCCAUCUCCCUGGUGGACAGCCUAGCAUCGGACUGUUCAGCCAUAGAGGACCGCUUUGGCGUGGACGUGAUUUCACUUAACCCAGGCAUCGACUGCUCACACCUUGUGCCUGGCCACCAGGUGUGUGUGGAGCGGGGGAAGAGCAUGGCAGGCAUGGAGGAGCACCGCAUGUGCACCAAGUACCAGCGCGUGGACGUGGGGGACACGUGUGAGAGCCUCAUCGACAGCAAUGGCCUCUCGUGGCUGUCUCUGUUCCGCCUCAACCCGGGCCUGCUUUGCGAUAACCUCAACGGGCUUAUAGACCAAGAGAUCUGUGUGGCAGGGCACCCCGUGGGCGCAGUGGUGUGUGGGAAGCCGGUGCAGGGAGUGAAGAACCGGCGGUACACGGUGAACGCGGGCGACAGCUGUGCGUCGCUGGUGGUGGUGCAAUUCCAGCGCCAGCCGCCGCUCGUGCCGCUGCUCAACCGCGGGUGGAUGUGCCGCCAGCAGUCGCUUUUCAAAGGCAUGCCGCUCUGCAUUCCCUCUUGA